GCCUCGCGACCUCCGCGCGGGGCUCCACUUCCGCAAACGUGAGCGCGGGCUCUCUGGGCUCCCGGGAGCUGGCAGAAAGGGGGCUGGAGCGCGGCCGGCCCGGGCGCCCCGUUACGCGGCGGCUUCCGGGAGGGCCGUAGCCUGGGGACCGAGCGUUCCCGACUCAGGUCGCAGGGCCGCCGAAGGGCGGGCUUCGAAGGGCAAUGGGCACAGGCGGGACGGCGCCCCGAGUCCCCGCGCCCGGGCGUCCCCGGCCGGCGCCCCGCUUGCCCGCCGUGCUCCCGGGCUUUGCGUGCGCGGGCUUCCGGGCCGGGCCCGGCUGCAGGCCGGACUCGGACUCCGCCUCGGGCGCCAGCGGCAAAGAGGACAAAGGCACGCGCGCGCGCGCCGGGGCUGGGAGACACGGGGCGGAUGCGGGGCAGACGCGCGCCGAGGCCCCGGGCUCCAGGGACGGGCCCAAGGCGCGGGAGAGGCCCUGGCGGGGAUUUACCUGCGCGGUGGUGGCGGCGCCGGGGCGGGUGGCCGGUGGCGACAGCGGGCUCCGCCCCGCGGCCUGCCCGAGGCUCACCUGUUGGCCUGGGGAAGGGGCGGCCCCUAGGGGUGUCCAAAGUCCCCACCGGGGCCUUCCCGCGGCGCCCGCCUUGCCCACCUCUCGUGCUCGGCCCUGCAGCCGGUCCCGCUGACUCACGCUGGUGAAUUUAGGGCUGGCACCCGGCUUUGUGGAGUGGUCUCAAGCCGGGAGCCGCUCCUCCCUUGCCGUGGCUCACUUUGCAUAGGCACUUCGGGGAUGCGGAGCACCUCCGCGCUUGCCGCCGGGCCCCAGCCCCUCUGCAGGCCCAGAGCCGGGCUGCAGACCUCCCGCCCGGUCCCCACCCUUCCUCACUAUUGUGAAGAGCUUUGCUUUUACGAAUGUUUGCUGAUCCCCUACUACGCGCCGGAAACUAGCAGGAGUGCUCGGGAAACAACGAAACAAAACGAAGUUCUCGCCCUUUGAAGUCUGGUAGAGCUACCUAUCUACUGGAACCAUAAGGUUCAGUGUAACGUUACCGGCAUAGCAAAGAGAAGCUGCUGGGGGGUGGGGGGUGAGAACUUUUAGAACGUCACAGAGGGACUUUUUUUCAGAGGGUGUGGAGGCCGGCUGGUGUUGGGAAAGGACACAGGUGGUUAGUAAGGCAAUGAGAAGAACAUAACAAACCACUGAAGGACCAAGCAUCAAACAUUUGAGCAUCUGCUAGGAAAUCUCUCCCUUACAAAAGUUUUUGUUUCGUUUCGUUUCGUUUCGUUUUUGUUUCUUUCAUUUUCAUGGUUACCCUCAUUUUACAAAUAAGGAAAAUUGGACUGAAACGGAAAAUUUCUACAUAUGUCACCACAAUAAUUU